GACUACAGAAAUACAGACACAGAGACAGAAAUACAAACAUAAAUAAAACGAAAAUGGAAAAAAAGUGACUGAAAAACUGGAAGAAUGUAACUGCCUUCAAAACAAAAGACUUGCCUGCGACUUGAUUGAUUCAGCACACAGACUGAAUAUAAAUUCAGAGGAACCUUCCUGCUGUCUACUGGUGUCAGACGGAAGAGUUUGAACGGGACACCAACGUGACAACUUUGAAGCAGCUGUUGUAGCUGAAACCCUGCGAGAAAGAUGAGCACCAAACAGGUGACUUGCAGGUACUUCCUCCACGGUGUGUGCAGGGAGGGCAGCCGCUGCCUGUUCUCUCAUGACCCAGCCAACAGUAAACCUUCCACCAUCUGCAAGUUCUACCAGAGAGGAGUGUGUGCCUAUGGAGAACGCUGCAGGUAUGACCACAUCAAGUUUUCAUCCAGAGGAGGGGGAGGAGCUUCAGAGGACCAGGCUGUAGGCGGGGCCUCAGUCAGAGGUGGAGCGAAGAAGAUGCCGGUUCUCAGAGAAAGAGUCCUGGGUGCAGACAGUUCGGGGUCAGAGGUCGCAGCAGCAGCAGCAGCAGCAGCAGCAGCAGCUCCUCAGUCGUAUGUUGACGCCAUCAGGACGGGUCUGGAUGCUUCAGCACAGGAACAAGCCCCUCCCACAGUGGGCGGGGCUUACCAGGACCUCCCCCAGCUGUGUCCCUACGCUGCUGCAGGACACUGUUUCUAUGAAGAAAACUGUACGUAUCUCCAUGGCGACCUGUGUGACGUGUGCGGGUUGCAGGUUCUCCAUCCCCACGAUCUUGAGCAGAGGAGAGCGCAUGAGAAGAUGUGUCUGCUGGCCUUUGAGGCUGACAUGGAGAAGGCGUUUGCAGCCCAGCUGAGCCAGGACAAGGUGUGUUCUAUCUGCAUGGAGGUGGUGGUGGAGAAGGCGAUCCCGUCGGAGCGCAGGUUCGGCAUCCUGUCCUCCUGCUGUCACACCUUCUGUCUGUCCUGCAUCCGACAGUGGCGCUGCACCAGGAACUUCAGCAACAAGAUCAUCAAGGCGUGUCCAGAGUGUCGGGUUGCCUCAGAGUUUGUCAUCCCUUCGGUUUACUGGGUGGAGGACCAGGACGACAAGGACCACCUCAUAGAACUCUUCAAAUCUGGAGUCAGUAAGAAGGCCUGUAAGUACUUCGAUCAGGGUCGAGGUUCGUGUCCGUUUGGAGGAAAGUGUUUGUAUCUUCACGCCUUCCCAGAUGGAAGCCGAGCAGAAGCCGACCGGCCGCGGAAACAGCUGAGCUCAGAGGGGAACGUCCGGUUCAUGAACAGCGUCCGUCUGUGGGAUUUCAUCGAGGAGCGUGAGCAGCAGUCGGCCACGCCCCUGCAGCCUCUCGAUGAUGACAUGACAGAGCUGAGGGAGCUCUUCAUGCAGAUGUCGGGACCGAGCUUUGAUGGGCCAGAGACCAGGCCCGCUUCAGACCAGUAGAGACCAGACCUGACCAUGUCCUCCUGGGGAAUCUGGACAUCACGACCACGUUUGUGGACAAGUCAAUGAAACAUUAAAUCAUUUUUAACCUGGAUGGAUCGCCAUGGUAACUUAAGCUACACACCUAACCGAAGAGGUUAUGCCCAGACUUUCAGAUUAAAAUGCUAUAAACAGCUGCCCUUUCGCUGAUUCUUCCCCUGACGAUGCUCUCUGCGAGCAGUACAGAUUCUCAGCUGACUGUACAGCACAUCACCCUCACACUAAAAGAAUGAGGAAAGGCGCAGCAGCUACACACCCCGUUGGAUGAUGUUUUAACUCAUGGUUUUGACUUUGCACUGCUGGUAUUGCAGCUAAUAGAAUACUGAUUAGAAAACCGAUUAGCCUGUCGGUCUUUAUCACAGCUAACGCUCAUGUAUCCUUCAUUGUGAGACAGUGUCAGACCUGAAUGCAUUUCGCUGUGUGAGCUUUCAGAACUCAGCAAUGUGCAGAGGUCAUGUGAGGCACUGAGUCAUAAAAUAAAUAAAUUAAUUUACGAAUUUACAAAGCAGCAACAUUUUUUCUGUAAUAAUUUGUUUAAUCUUCUCCGUGCGGCGUGCUGUCACACGGUGCAGAGGAAGAGUCACAUGAUGCCCCAAGUGGACACAAAGGGAACAUCGUGAUACUUGAUUCUGGAGUUUUAGGUUGAGUCAGACCAACUCGCACAGAGAAAAGCUGACUUUGUCCCACCUGCUUUGUAGUUUACCCUCCUGGUGUGUUUCUGUCCGGAUGUUUGAUUAUUGCCCUUUUAUUUAUUGUGUAAAUAAGCAAACAGAGUCAGUGAAGUCCGUUACUGAGAGGUGCCCCAACAGUUAGAAAGAAGAUGAAGAAGAACCCAAAGUUCUGACAUUUGCAGAUUCAUACAUACAACAGCAUCUGGCAGCAGCAGCAUGUCUGUGAACAUAAACACAGACAAAAGAUGUACAACAGUGUGUCAGCAACACAGCAGUCACUGUCAGUAAGAGACUGUACUGAAGUUAAAAUCCCUUUCAGAAACGG